CUCGAUUUAGUGUUUCUCGAGUCUGGAAACCCGACAUCAGCUUAGGCAGUGCUCAAAGUUUUUCCACGCGUGGAGUCUGCCAAGCUUAGGCCGUAGGAACAAGGGGGUACUGUCUACGCACUCGGAAAUGGUCAGGGUGGAAACAAAAGUUUUUCUGCCGCCCAGUUUAGGGGUGUGAAAUUACCGCGGGCUAGGUGUACCUGCAAAGAAAAGUCGGUCCUCAGAUUACCAGAUUGAGCCGCAGUGGAGUGGAGCGCAAUGAGCGUCGUACGACCCUGCGACCACAGGCUCUUCCGCUCUUGAAGGAACUCGCGACCACAACCCCGCCGCACCUCGGCUUCCUCUGCGUCUUCCUCCCCUGCCGCGCACCGCUCUCUCGCUCAUUCCCGCUUCUCGUUCCCCUCUCCGCGUUUUCCUCCGCCGGAGCUCGUCUCCCGCCUCGCGGCUUCCCUUCCAGCCGCUCCGCCCGCCCCGCUACUGUCGGCCGGCGGCGGCUGGCCGUGCCUUACCGGCCAGCCGUUUGUUUUAGACAAUGCGCGAAGAGUAACUACGGCGAAUCUCGCUCUAGAUCCCUAUCUCACCGCGCGCCCCUCGCACUCUCGCACGACCCGCCGCCGUCUCUCGCUCCCUCGCUCCCGCCCCCACCCACCCGCCCUUCACCCCGUCGCUCUCCCCCCCCUCUCUCGCGCCCUUUCCCCCACGCACGCGCCCCGCACUCGCACUCGUGCCACCGAUCCCCUGCUAGCACCGUCACAGCGCCCACCAUGCGUGGGGCCGCCCCGUUCCUCGCCGGAUUCCUCAGCGCCGCCCUGCCGCUGCUCGCGCUGCUCGCUCUGCUCUCCACGCUCCUCCAAUACCUCUCCCCGCGCCCCUCAGAGCUGCUAUUGUGGAGGGAGGAAGCGCAGAUGAGGAGGGAAGGGAAGAGCGCAGAGGUGAUGCAUGUCAUGCCGUGCCCGCCCGCCCUGGCAGGAGCUGCUGUGGCAGUGGGAGGAGGCGCAGCAGCAGAGCGCCGAUGCGGAGGGGGACAUGCUGCUGGCCGCGCUGCGGAGAAUCAAAGGUGAGCCUCUCCGCCUCUCCGCCUCUCCGCCUCUUCUGAA